CACCUCAAACCUUAAUAUAUAAACUCACAUACAUGUACAUUACACACGUUUAAGUCUCUACAUGUGUGUCCUUACACAAACAUUGAGAGAGAAAAAUGUGCAUGUAGAGAGAGAUUGAGAGAGAGGGAGAGAGAUUGGGAGAGAUUGAGAGAGAGAGAUUUGUGCAAUGACUAAUGGUUGGGUUAAAUCUUUGCAGUGCAAGUCAAGAGCAGUUGAUGAUGUUGUGCAUUCAUCUAAACAGCAUUAUCAUAGUCUUAUAUCGCCUUCUGCUAGUUGUAGGAAGAGUGUUAAUAGUUUAAACGACGUCGUGGAGAAUAGAAAGAAUAAGUCGAAGAAGCAUAAAACUGCACCGGCGCCGGUGAAGGUGGUGCCGGAGGAUUUGAAGAAGGUGGGGUCGAGGAAAAAUGAAAAUGGGGAAAAUUUGGUGGGUGGGAGGGGGAGGGUCAGGGCGAGUGGGCUCACGCGCCACCGUCACGCGCCGGACGCGUUUUUCCCGGCGUUGACGGAGUUGCCGGAGGGUCAUCCGUCGAGGAAUGUGGUGGAGAUAAUAUUUCACACGAGUUGGAGCCCAAAAGCGUUUUCGGGUCGGAUCGAAAUGGUGUUCAAGGUUCAGAAUUUGACCCGGACGGUGACCCGGUUCGAGGAGUAUCGAGAAAUCGUGAAGGCGAAGGCGGUGGAAGCCGGUUUAGAAGGCGGCAGUGAAGACCACGCGCGGUGUGUUGCGGAUGGGAAUGAAGUUAUGCGUUUCCAUUGCUUGGGGCCCACCAACAGUGGCCCUUACGACCCUUGCGGCGGCGCGUGGACCUUCCACGCCGGCAGAGGAGCGGCGAUAUGCACUUUCUCCGGCAGCGGUGGGGCCCACGAGAGCGCCGGAGGUGGGAAGGGCAGAAGAGCUAUGAUGGUUUGUCGGGUCAUAGCGGGUCGGAUCCGGAAACGGGUCGGGUUCGAUACCAAGGACCGAGUUGGGUGUGACUCGGUGAGUGGGGAAAACAACGAGUUGCUAGUAUUCGAUUCUCAUGCGGUAUUGCCUUGCUUUCUCAUUAUCUACAAACUGUAAAAAUAUGAAUAUUAUGUUCACUCUUAUCUACUAAUAGCAUUUAUCAACACCAAUUUUCUCUACGUCUUGUUCUCUGGUUUUAUUAAUUUUUUUACCGUUUAACAUUUUAACUUCUUCAGCUUGUUCUUUGGUAUGAAGCUUGAAUUUUUGAAUUGGAAUUAGAGAAAAUUGGGUUGAUAAAUGUUUCGCAUGUAACAGCUCAUUUUAAGUAAAAUUUCUUGACUUAUCAGAUUGAUUUUGGAUUGUAAAUAGACUUGUUUGG